AUGGCUUCCCAUGAUAUCUCGCCAUCCUGGCCACUCACCCCUCCUGAUGCCGAUCCCCCACCAACUACGAUGAAAGAUGUUUCUGCUGUAGUCACAGCAAUUCAUGUUAUGUCUACAGAGCGUGCUGCGCUAACACACCUCGAGCGAUUGUAUCAGACAAAUGCCCAGGCUCAACAUGAGCUAGCGCGAGCUGUAGAUCGCAUUGCGCAAAGUAUCCGUGAAGGCGGCAAGCUGGUUGUUUGCGGGGUGGGCAAGAGUGGAAAGAUCGGUCGCAAGAUCGAGGCAACAAUGAACAGCUUGGGGAUCUAUUCGGCUUUUUUACAUCCUACUGAGGCUUUACAUGGAGAUUUGGGAUUGGUCCGACCGAAUGAUACAAUGCUCCUCAUAUCGUUCUCCGGUCGCUCACCAGAACUACUCUCUCUGCUGCCCCAUAUCCCUGCUUCGGUUCCUGUGAUCGCUUUAACCUCACAUACACAGCCAUCACAAUGUCCUCUUCUAUCGAUACAUGGACCUUGUGGGCUUGGAAUUCUUUUAUCAGCUCCCAUUCAUGAAGAAGAGGAAGCUUCAUUGGGUGUUAGUGCCCCUACAUCAUCCACUACAGUGGCUUUAUGUCUAGGUGAUGCAUUGGCAAUUGCAAUAGCUCGCAAGUUACACACUGCGCCCGGCAAAGGACCUGCAGAAGUCUUCCGAAGCCACCACCCUGGAGGCGCAAUUGGUGCAGCUGCAGCCCUAUCUGCAACACCAAUGACAAACUCAUUGAGUGGUGACUCCAAUAGAACAUUUGAUUCCCCAUCAUCAUCCAUUUCAAUGCAAUGGGAUGAUCUCAACAGCGCUUCAGCGAUUCCUCCAUUUACACUUCAACCACCACCAGAGCAUCGUCGCAUCUCUUCAGAUUUACUUGUUCGUCUUGACCAAAUACCCACCGUUUCGUCCGUACAAAACCCUGGUGAUAUCCGAUUACUCGAUAUCCUCCUAACUGCCAUUCAACAUCCCCAAGCAAAAUCAUGGGUCUUCUAUUCUCGAUCAGAAAUCAUUCCACCACGUCGAAUUCGUUCUUUUCUCGCACAAAACACCGAUGUGGAUAUGCGAGUGGCUGAGGCUAUCGCCAAGGACCCUAGGCAUCCGUUAGUGGUGCCCCGGAGCGACUGGUGCUUGGUACCUGAAUCAAUCUCUCUGGUUGACCUCCGGCAUUUGAUCUCCACAUCCCGAGCUGGUGUAACUCCGAUAGCUGUGGUCGCUGUUAUGAAGGAUAUCACUCGCCCUAAUAGUUGUAUUGGUAUUGCAGAGGCUGAGGAUAUCUGGGGUGAAUAA